CCCUCCUCAUCAGUUUGCAACUGGAGCAGCUUCCCAAAGGAUGGCUGGAAUGCCGUGCUGGGGCUGCCUGCUUACUGUUUCGAAGAUGCUUUCUCGCAGAAAGCAAGUCCUGGUUGGCUCAGAGGGCUCCAGCCUUCACCGCUGCCUCUCCACAGUGGACCUUGUCGCCUUGGGAGUGGGCAGCACACUGGGGGCUGGUGUCUAUGUCCUGGCAGGGGAAGUGGCAAAGACAAGCUCCGGCCCAAGCAUCGUCCUCUCUUUCCUGAUUGCAGCUGUGGUGUCUGCUCUGGCAGGGCUCUGCUAUGCUGAAUUCGGGGCCCGUGUGCCCCUGGCUGGGUCCGCCUAUCUCUACAGCUACGUGACAGUGGGCGAGCUGUGGGCAUUCAUCGCUGGGUGGAAUCUGCUGCUGUCCUAUGUCAUUGGUACUGCCAGUGUUGCCCGGGCCUGGAGUGCUACCUUGGACCAGCUCCUUGGCAAGAAGAUGGGGAGGUUUUUGGGUGCUCAUGCAGCCAUGAACUCUGUGGGGCUGGCAGAACACCCGGAUGCCUUUGCUGCUGGCCUGGUGGUCCUGUUGGCAGGACUUCUUUCCUUUGGAGUGAAGGAGUCCACCACAGUCAACAAAGCAUUCACAGCUCUCAAUGUGCUUGUCCUGCUCUUCGUCACAGUGAGCGGCUUCAUCAAAGGUGACCUGAGCAACUGGAAGCUCAGGGAGGAUGACCUGCCACAGGCAGCCACCCGUGAGGCUGGGUACGGGGGCUCUGCUCUCCCUGUACUGCCUUCGGAGGGGGGUGGGGAUGGCUGGGCCACCCCCCUAAUGCUUUAUUCCAGGAAAUCCCACUUUCUCCUGUUUCUCCUUGCCCUGUUGGCAACACAUCAAAGAGCCAAAAUCCUAAGCCCUCCUGGGCUGAUUGCUGGAGGGGUGAACAGGCUGGGUGGACUGUCCAGCCUGGCCCCAUCCUGGGACCCUGUUGCACUGAUGCUUCUGCACUGCCUGACUCCUCCUCCUCUUCCUCCCAGGAACCAGUCCAUGGCCAACAACAUGACCAGUGCCUGUGGGGUCGGAGGCUUCAUGCCCUAUGGUUUCACUGGGACCUUGGCUGGAGCCUCUACCUGUUUCUAUGCCUUUGUUGGAUUUGACUGCAUUGCUACCACAGGGGAAGAAGUGAGGGAGCCCCAGAGAUCCAUACCCAUCGGCAUCAUCCUCUCCCUCCUCAUCUGCUUCCUGGCGUACUUUGGGGUGUCUGCUGCCCUCACCCUGAUGAUGCCCUACUACCUCCUAGACACCUUGAGCCCACUCCCAGUGGCUUUUGAAUAUGUUGGCUGGAGCAGUGCAAAGCACACUGUGGCUGUGGGCUCACUGUGCGCCCUGACAACCAGCCUCCUGGGCUCCAUGUUCCCCAUGCCACGGAUCCUGUAUGCAAUGGCUCGAGAUGGGCUCCUCUUCAAACCUCUGGCCAAAGUUAGUCGUCGUCAGUGCCCAGUGGUGGCAACGCUGGUGUCUGGAGGAGUGGCAGCUCUCCUGGCCCUCCUCUUUGACCUGAAAGCCCUGGUUGACACGAUGUCCAUUGGCACACUGCUGGCCUACUCACUGGUGGCUGGCUGUGUGCUGCUGCUCAGGUAUCGUCCAGGACUCAGCACUCAGGACACUCCUGUAGGGAAGGUCCCGACUGUGCAGCUCUGGUGGGACCAUCUGGUCUGGCCGCCCCUGAAUCCCACCCCACAUUCCUCUGCUGCCGUGGCCUGGGCUCUGACAGCUGCCGCCGCCCUGGUCUGCGCCCUGAGCUGGGCGAGCACUGCUGGGCUCUCCUGCCUCCAGGCUGGGGGAGCCUGGUGCAUCGCAGCCCUGGCUCUGCCUCUCCUGGGGGUCCUGGCAGCAGCUCUGCUCAUCUGGAGGCAGCCUCAGAGCCGGGAGAGAGCAUCCUUCAUGGUUCCCUGCCUGCCCUUCCUGCCACUCCUCAGCAUCACCAUCAACAGUAUCCUGCUGGCCCGGCUCAGUGCGGCUGCCUGGCUGCGGUACCUACUCUGGAUGGCCAUCGGUUUCCUUAUUUACUUUGGCUAUGGGAUCCGGCACAGCGCUGAGAGCCACCAGCCCGAAGGGGCAGCUCCCCGGGAGCCACCAGGAAGCACAGCCAGGGAGGUGGCCCCAGAGCCCUGCGGGACUGCGCGGUGCCCAUCUCCUCCGGGGCAAUAACAGGAGAUGGGAUGGUCCCUGAGCACCCGGCUCCCUCCACCCUGUCUUCAGUCCACCUUGGACUGAAGGUCCCAUCCCGUUGGGGGACAUAGCCCUGCCGUGAACUGCUGGAGCUGUUUUCCUGAGUUUGGUGAACCUCUCUGAGCAACCUGAACCCUCACGGCAAGCUCCCUGCUGAGGGAGUUUUGUUCGGAGAGGAUAAAGCAGACAAGUGGUUUUGCUGCUGUUAUUGGGUUGUAGGUCGGGGUUUUUGCC